UUGAAGGUUGAGGUUAGAUCAGAUUGUCACAUAAGACAAUUCAAACUGAUUUUAUUUUAUAGCAUUUAUUUAUUCAUGAAUUUCCAGUUUUAUUCAAGAAAAAAUGGCAUUUACCUUGUGGACUUUAUUUGAGGCAUCUCUACUGGUUCUAAAUGCAAUUUGUAUCCUACAUGAGGAACGAUUUUUAGUGAAGAUUGGAUGGAGUGCUAAGAGUCCCAGUGUUCAUGGUUUCGGUGAACAGCCUGGUGUCAAAGCUCAAUUAUUGAAUUUGGUGCAUUCUAUUAGAACUGUUGCGAGAAUUCCACUGAUCCUUCUGAAUGUGUUAACAAUAUUGUUUAAAUUAAUAUUAGGGUAACUUAACUGUAUUAAUUUUUUUGUACAAACUGUAUUUCAUAUCAUGUUGAUAAUAAUUGUAACAUUUGAAUAAAUAGUUUUACAUA